AGUGAAACUUUUUAAAGAGUUUUCAAUCUCAUCUGCAGGGUAAAAUAUUGCACAGACAUAGCCAUAGCAGCCGUAACAUCUGCUGUCCAGCUCCCCCCUACCCUGCACAGGGAUAAAGGAGUGUUUUAGAUCCAUGAUCACAUUUUUACAUUUAUUAUUUACUAUUUUAUUUUUCACUUUUUAAAGUUAAGCCUACGUUUUUAGUUAUCGUUUUUAAAUUCGGAUUGCAAGGCGAAGCAUAGACGAAUAUGUUCAGGGAUAUAGAACUGUUUUACUUGCGUUAAAGUCAGAGGASUUUUUAUUUUCCAGAUUCAGACUGCGCAGAAGAAACAUCCGACCUUCAAGGAAUUUGUUAUAAAGUUUUCAGAAAGUAUUCUGUCUUUACGCGGAUACUGACUGGAUAUGGCUUGGAUCAGAUGGGACCUCUUGUUUUCUAUAGGUUUAUUCAUGUCACCAGCAUUUGUGUCCACGGAUCAGAGUGGCUUUAGGAGAUACUACGUGUUGCAGCCAGGUCCGAGCGGGACGGACAGAGUACAUGUGAGUUCCAUUUCUUCGCGCUCCAGCGCCACUGGACAGCCCCAUGCCUACAAUGUGGAGCUCACGGCCAGUUAUGGUAGCCAGGUCCGAACCCGUAGGAUGGGUAACCAAGCGAACCCGAUCCCGCUUCGCCAGGAUACACAGUUUACUCAGCAAGUCAUUCGGCAGACCAGCCACAACGUUCACCAAAGUCACCAAAUGAAAAUUUCAGGGGUGAAUGUCUGUGGAGGGCAGUGCUGUCACGGAUGGAGUAAGGCCUCUGGAUCGCAGCGGUGCACCAAGCCCAACUGCCUGCCCCAGUGCCAGAAUGGAGGAAUGUGUCUGAGGCCCCAGCUCUGUGUCUGCAAGCCGGGCUUCAAUGGCAAGGCAUGUGAACAGAGGACCAUGCCCACCUCCUCCAUCCCAGCGCAGCCAGGGAACGGCCACACCAAUGGACACACCAAUGGCCGUAGCAUAGUGCCCCAGAGGCCCAUUCCCCAGCAGGUGCCCAUCCCCCAGCAGGGUUAUGCCCCAGUCCCUGUCAGCAACAUGGCUCAGAUGACCCUGACCGUCAAGCAGUCCCCUCACCUUGUCCGGCCCCAGCAAAGCCGACCUGGUAGCCAGCAGUUUGUCCGGAAGCCCAAGUACUACAACACACACACCACACACUCCCAGACGCACGUCCAACACCAGCCUGACAGACCCAUUCCCCUGACGGUGGAACACAACCCCAUCCAUGUGGGGAACCACACAGGCCGGAUCAAGGUGGUCUUCACACCCACCAUCUGCAAGGUGACCUGCACGGGGGGCCGGUGCCAGAACAACUGUGAGCUGGGCAACACCACCACCAUCGUCAGUGAGAACGGCCAUGCCGCAGACACCCUCACCGCCCCCAACUUCAGAGUAGUGGUAUGCCAUCUGCCCUGCAUGAAUGGAGGAAAGUGCAGUGCCAGGGACAAGUGUCAGUGCCCAUCUACCUAUACGGGGAAGUUCUGCCAGAUGCCUGUUCAGAAUGGGAAUGGGCAGCAGCGCCAGAAAGGGCAGCAGCAGACAUCUCAGAUUCACUCCACUCACACUCUGCCCCUCACCUUCAGCAAUGGACAGAACCCUGUGAAAUAUGCCCCCAGCAUCGUGAACAUCCAUGUGAAGCACCCUCCGGAGGCCUCGGUGCAGAUCCAUCAGGUCUCCCAGCUGGAUGCCAAUGGGCAGAAGGUGAAAGGCAAUGGGCAGAAURGCCAAUCCCAGACCCAGUCUCACUACACCUACCACCACUCAGACAGCAGACAGAAGUUCCAGCAGCAGGGACACAACAUCAUCUACUCCAACCAGCAGAGCUACGUCCCCCAGUACCAGCCCGUCUCCUCCAAGAGCCAGCUGGGACGUUGCUUCCAGGAGACCACCGGCACACAGUGUGGCAAGGUCCUCCCUGGUCUCAGCAAGCAGGAAGAAUGCUGUCAGAGCAUCGGAACAUCCUGGGGGUUCCACAAAUGCCAGAAGUGCCCAAAACCAUCUAUUCCUCUGACAGCAGGAGGAUCCAGACACGCGAUGGACUGCCCCCAGGGAUACAAGCGCAUCAACAACUCUCACUGCCAAGAUCUUAAUGAGUGCCAGCUGCAGGGUGUGUGUCCCAACGGAGACUGUCUGAACACCAUGGGCAGCUACAGGUGCAGCUGUAAGGUCGGCUAUAUCCCUGACCCCACCCUCUCCACCUGUAUCCCCGACACCUCUGCCGUCCACGAGGAGAAAGGGGCUUGUUUCCGAUUGGUCAGUUCGGGGAAGCAGUGUUUGCACCCGGUGUCUGCUCAGCUGAGCAAACAGCUCUGCUGCUGCAGUGUGGGCAAGGCCUGGGGCCCGCGCUGCGACAAGUGCCCCCUACCAGGAACAGCUAAAUUCAAGGAGAUAUGCCCUGGUGGGAUGGGCUACACUGUCACGGGAUCUUACAAGCCCAAACCACCCAAUCAAUUACCCAGCCAACCUGAGACCAUCAACAAGCCAAUGAUCACCCACCAAGAGCCUGUGGCCCCGCCUCUGCCCCUGCCGACACAUGAGAAACCAGUGGAGGCCUUGAGCGUCGCUGAGAGACAGCUUCCCUCUGUACCAGUAGCCACAGAUGCACCUGAGCAGGAGCUGGUUAUUCUGGAGGCUACUAGUAGUAGUCCAAUAGUUGAGGUCGAGGCUGGCCAGCCACAACUCUCUCCCGGUGUCUCUACCAUGAGGAUGGAGCCGGCCUACAAAGAGGUUGUGGAGGAAACGUCCCCCCCUGCUCCAGCCCUGAUCCUCCCCACCAACGCUGGCCAGGACAUCGCCCCUACUCAGUCAGCAGAGGUGGAUGAGUGCAAGGUGAACCCUCACAUCUGUGGCCAGGGGAUCUGCUACAACACUGCCGAGGGUUAUACCUGCAUCUGUAACGAGGGCUACCAGAUGGACGAGACACACACCACCUGUGUAGAUGUUAAUGAAUGCCUGGAUUCUGCAUCACUGUGCUCCAACGGCCGCUGCAAGAACACUCCCGGCAGCUUCCUGUGUGUGUGCCAACCAGGCUUCAUGACAGAUGAGGAGGGAACCAGUUGCAUUGAUUUAAACGAGUGUCUGAACACCCACACGUGUCCUGAGGAUGAGUUUUGUGUCAACACCGUGGGUUCCUACACCUGUUUGCACUGUGACAGUGGCUACAGGAUGAGCCCAACAGGCCACUGUGAAGAUAUAAAUGAGUGUCUGGACUUGGGUGUGUGUCCAUCCGGCCUGUGCAUCAACUUCCCAGGCUCGUAUGAGUGUGAUCUGUGUCCAAAGGGCUUCCAGGGCCAGGGAGGACAGUGUGUCGACGUAGACGAAUGCCUGGACCCGUCAACUUGUGCCAACGGGAGGUGCUCCAACUUUGAGGGAUACUUUGUCUGCUUGUGUAACGAUGGAUUCACRCUCAGCUCAGAUGGACARUCAUGCGAAGAUGUGGAUGAGUGCCAGGAUGAGCAGGUGUGUACCAGGGGGCACUGCCAAAACACUGAGGGCUCUUUCCUCUGUAACUGUGGGCCCGGUUUCAGGGCUUCUGCGGCAGGGGACCAGUGUGACGAUGUGGAUGAGUGCCAGGUGCUGACCAUGCCCUGUGACAGUGUGGGCCAGUGUGUCAACAACAUGGGCUCCUACCACUGCAGCUGCCCCCAGGGCUACCAGCAGAUCAACGGCACCAGCUGCCUAGAUGUUGACGAGUGUCUGGACGACCCGGAGCUGUGUUCCCCACACGGGGAGUGUCUCAACGCUGAGGGCUCCUUCUACUGCGUCUGUGAGAGAGGCUUCGCUGCCGGCCAGGACAAACACACCUGUGAAGACGUGGAUGAGUGCUCAGAUGGCACCAGGUGUGUUGGCGGUUCCUGUGAGAACAGCCAGGGUUCCUACAGAUGCCUGUGUGACACUGGCUACCGCCUGCAGCCAGACACUGACACAUGCCUGGAUAUCGACGAGUGUUCAGAGUUGGGGCGGAGCAUCUGUGGGGCGUGGCAGUGUGAGAACAUGGAGGGCUCCUAUAGGUGUGUGGUGGACUGCCCCCCUGGACACAACCAUGGCCGAGAGGGUAUCUGUAUGGACAUUGAUGAGUGCAACGUCAACGCCAUGGCGUGUGGCAGCCACGGCUUCUGUGAGAACAUGGUAGGAUCCUUCCGCUGCCUGUGUGACCGGGGCUACCAGGAGUCCCAGGAGGGCCUCGGCUGUGUGGAUGUCAACGAGUGUGAUCUGCUGAGCGGUGUGUGUGGCGAGGCCUUGUGUGAGAACGUGGAGGGCUCCUUCCUGUGUAUAUGCCGCGACGAGGACCAGGAGUACAACCAGAUGACCGCCAAGUGCAGUCCYGCUCCCACAGCCUCGUCAGUGGAGAGGAAGGAGUGCUAUUACAACCUCAACGAUGAGAACCUGUGUGAGAACGUGCUGACCAGCAGUGUCACCAUGGAGGAGUGCUGCUGUACGCUGGGGGCAGGCUGGGGGGACAACUGUGAGGUGCACCCCUGCCCUGUCCAGGGCACUGAUCAGUUUUCCCAGAUGUGUCCAGCUGGGAGAGGCAGUGUCCCAACCGGUGACACUGUGUUUGGAGUGACCGCAGCCGAGAGUUAUAAAGAUGCAGAUGAGUGUGCGUUGUUUGGCCAGGAGAUCUGUAAGGAUGGCUUCUGCUUCAACAGCCCAGGAAGCUACGAGUGUUACUGUAAGAAUGGCCUGUACUACGACGAGGUCAAGUUGCAGUGCAGAGAUAUUGAUGAGUGUCAGGAGGAGUCUAGCUGUGUGGAGGGAGAGUGUUUGAACACACAGGGCUCCUACAUGUGUUUCUGUACACACCCGAUGUGUGUGGACUCUGACAACAAGAGCUGUGUGAUCGCCUCUGAAGUGGCAGACACUCUGACCUGCACCAAGCCCCUUGCCAACAGAAAGACCACAUACACAGAGUGCUGCUGUCUGUUUGGAGCCUGGGGCAUGGACUGUACCCUCUGCCCCCUCAAGAACACAGAGGACUAUGCCUCCAUGUGUAACGUGGCAAUGAGUGGAGGACAGGGGCAUCCGUAUGGUCGCGAUGCCCUCGUGGCCGGCCCUGUCCAGGAGUACGAGGUCAGCCUGGACUACGAGCCUCACCCCGACCAGCCUGGUGCCCUGCCCCUGUACGAGGACGAGGAGAACCUGUCCGAUGCGUUUGAGGGCCUGAGAGCGGAAGAGUGUGGCAUUCUGAACGGCUGUGAGAACGGSCGCUGCGUGCGGGUACAGGAGGGCUACACCUGCGACUGCUUCGACGGAUACACCCUGGACAUGUCCCGCAUGGCGUGUGUGGAUGUGAAUGAGUGUUCUGAGCUCAACAACCGGAUGUCCCUCUGCAAGAACUCCAAAUGUAUCAACACGCAAGGAUCCUACAAGUGUGUGUGCCUGCCGGGAUACACCCCCUCUGAACGGCCUAACUACUGUGUGGCCAGGGAACAGGGGGAGGCAGCAGUGGCCACAGAGAGGGAGUGAGCCCCCACAGCCACUAGAGGGAAACACAAAACACUAAAAAAAUACACUUAUUUAAUCCAAGCCCAUAUACUCUGCACUGUAUAAAAACACACUAAAUAAAACAACAAAAAUAAUUUACUUGAGACAAAGAUCCAAUUUAACCUACUAUGUGGUGCCUGUGUGCAGCGGAGAAACACAGCAUUGUAUAAAAUGUAUGUUUGUUUUGUCCGGUUUUUGUCCGUUGAAUUUUUUAUAUUAAAAGGAGUUUAUGCGCGCUAGAGGAGCAUUCGCUCUCCUAAUGUAACGACAAACCCUAUCAACUCCUACUGGGGGAUAACGUUUUAUUUUCUACCCAGUCCAAAAUGCCUUGUGUGUGGAUAUUUAAUUGAGUGAAGAGGCCAGCCAUCCUUUCGCUUUCCCCRUUCUCCCUCUUCUUUCCAGCCCUUCUCUUCCUCCUCCUUGUAUGGUGACUGUGGAGGACUGCUUGCCUGGCCAUGGAUGGACAGCCAUCUGAUCUUUGCUCUGUGGCUUCACACAAACAUGCAGUAUGCACAUUACUGUAAUAGAAUGUUGUUCAUGUAAAUUCUUUGGAAUAAGCUUUUUUUCUAGGCAUUUUUUGUAUUAAUUAUAAAUGCAAACACAAAACUACUUCUGUGUCUGGGACAUUGGACAAUAGCAGGUUUUUAUUUUUUGUUUUAUUUUUUGAUUUGUUUGGUUUUAUUCUCUUGCCUGCCCUGUGGAGCAGUCAUAUUCCCUACUCUUUCAUUUAUUUUCUUGAGAUAAUGUUUUAUUUCUUUGAACAAAAAUUUAAUGAAGUAUUGCUWAAUUUUUUUUCAUACUUUAAUUAAAUAUUUUUCGGCAUUUUACUGCAAUGUCUAAAAGUCUUGCCAGGUUGCAAAGCUGCUAUGGGACAGCCGUGGGAUAGAUUUUGUACAUUUAAACAGAAGAGUUGAGAAACCAGUUUAUGUAUUUGUAAUUUGUACAUGAAAAAUAGCUCUUGUAUGAAUAUUCAUAUUACUAUGUAUAUUAAACCCCUGGUAAUAAAUCACAAAUGGUGAUAUUUAUACUG